AUGACCCUCACGGAGGAACAGCUGACAAAGACCCUCAUCCAGAUGAGCUGCCCCGGUGAGGAGCACGAAUAUGUAAAUAUUAUAAUCGACUUUUCCUCUUGGUGCACACAUUUCCGAGCUGAGUUACUAGAGCCACUCUUCAGGAGUUUAGACAACCUGUUCGGGUUCCAGAAUGUAUAUGGGUUCACGCACCUUUUCCCCUUAAUUUCAACACACUUAUUCCAAGACAGAUACGAGCCCCCCGACCAAGAUCAAGAGGGCAACCCUGUGGAAAGGCCACGGUGUGUCAUUGGUCCUGAAGCCUGGUUGGAAGGGUUGCGCCAAAAGGGAUGGACCCUUGCUACUAUCUUAAUAAUACUCUUGGCCGCCCAUGCUUGUGACACAACAGCCUCAUUACUCGGACAGGGAGACAACCAGAUCAUCGUGUUGAGAAUACCAUCAGCUGAGUAUCUUCAAGAGCGAGGAUUAACUCCCGAUACGUACACCCAGCAA